AUGGAAGUUGUGGACAUCCUGCUCAUCAUCUUGGCGAUCUUCCUCCCGCCCGUCUCGGUCUUCCUCAAGCGAGGAUGCGACAUUCAUUUGCUCUUGAACAUUCUCCUCUGGAUUUUUACGUGGAUCGGCGGCGUCAUCCACGCGACCUGGGUUGUGCUCACGACCAAGGGCACCAUCUAA